CCUCUUAAACUUGGUUUUAUAUGAGAUAUUGCAGGAAAUUCGACAGAAUUUUUGGAUAAUAUGAAAUAUUUGUGUCACGUGGUGCUUUCUUGGACCUCACCAUAUACGUGGUGAUAUAUUGCGACCCGCCAUUCCUUCGAAUCGAACGUCCAUCGUCCUGCAACAUCAUGAUGUUGCCUGCCCACAAGCAUUCUGAGCUCGAUGGCGACAACGACGUCGUCGGCGCUCCACGAGCCUCUCUUGGACAAGGAUCUUCAUGACGACGACGGGGACGCGACAGAUGACGACGACGACGACGAUGACGACAAUCGAAAGUCGCAAGCAAUCAUCUUGGCGCGGCUCAAACCAAUGGGGGCCGUCGCCACAGACGGCAUGGCGUCCAAGUACGCCGACACGUUCACACCACCUCUGGAGCGACUCAUGACCGAGAAGGAGUUCCGCGUGGCGAUCGGUGCCAUAAACCAAACGGUCGCCGACUACUUUCCAUGCAUGUGCUGUGUCGUGUACGCGUACGUUGGCUACGCGCUCACGUGCGGUCUCAUAUUGUGCUGCGCCCGCCCAUGUACGUCCGAGGUCGACCUGCAUGUUCGACGGGUGCUUCGACGCAUCAAUCGCAAAGACAUCUUCCAAAACCACGGCAUUCGGUGGCGACUGCGGCGGACGCGGUGGACGUCGUGGAUCGAAGUGUCCCAUAGCCCCGAACACGACAUUCGCCGCAUCGUCGUCACGAUUCCAGACGUGCGGCGCAUGUCGGUGCCCAUUCCGAGCAGCAGCCAUCGACCGUCGUCGAGACCCGCAAGUCCCGUCGGCGGUAGCUCUACGGGGCCGUCCAUCCCCAAUGACCGACGUCCGUCGUCGCCACUGUAGCUAGCCAUCUUUUGACCAUACACUUCUGAUCGAUGCAUCUAUCGCACAGUUGCCUCGUUUUUGCACUCUGGUGGCUUCUUAGGAUGUACUUCCAAUUAACGUCAUCACACACAAUGGCUAAAUUCUAUCGAAGGAUAUUCACCGUAGACUUGUUAUCACAUGGAGUUCUUCCCAUUCCCAUCUACGACAACGUUGAUUGAUGCACACACACGACGCCGUUGUCGUCGGUGACUUGCUCCAACGUACGAUUAUGUACAUAACUUACUGUAGCCUGGCCCCCCACAGCUGUACAUCCGUCGCCUCCAGCUACUCCCCGCCCUCCAGCAGGCUCUCCAGUACAUGUCACACACUCAGACUUCUAUGUACGCCAGGUAUGCCGCGAUAGAUUCGAAAGCGAGUUGGGUGCUCGAAGCAUACGCAUGGCGGCGAUCUUUGCUCGUGUAGCUUGCCAUACACCUUUGAUGCCCACCCAUCAUGCUGGAAGGUAAACAAACACAGGUGUCAUGGAAGAGAAGUCAGUC